AUGGAUCCUCUUUUCAGGUAUGAACUCAGUAUUUGGCAAGACACAAGCGAUUCAACACCAGAAGACAAUCACUUCAUUCAAAACGACAGUACCCUUUAUGUCAACAUGAGAACGCUGUUUGCUGUUCUCGACCUUAACCACAACGAACCCUUCACCUUUCUAGCCGAAACGUUCUGCGAAAAGCUCUUUCAGAAUUCCUCUUAUCUUCCCUCGGGCAAGCCUGCCUCCGAACGCCGCAAGCGAAAAACCAUCCACAGAAUCGUUCAUUUCGUCAAGCGUUUAAUCAGUCAUGGCACCGAUAAUAAUAUCAACCAGAAUGUGAUUACUAUUGGAGUUAAAUUCGGAGUAACGAGUAGUGAUGAUGAGAGUGGUCGAUUACAAGAAUUUAUAUCCAACUGUAAUUAUACGGUGCCGGGGAGCAAAGCUUUUAUUAAUGGAUUAAAGAAAGUGAAAAAUGUUGAAGAAAAAGAAUGUUGUAUAUGUUUUGAAGAAUUUGAAAUACAUGGAAAGGAGAUUAAAAGCUUGCCUUGUACGCAUAUGUUUCAUGAAGAUUGUAUUGUUGAAUGGCUUAAGAAGAGUCACUUGUGUCCGUUGUGUCGAUUCCAUAUGCCGGUUGAUCGGUUUCUGGCUCGGAGAAGAUUAUUUCAUGAGUUAGCGAGUUUAAGGUCGAGAUUAGUGGAUAUUAGUGUAGCUCUCGACGUGAUUAUGCUGAACUUGUUGGACUAG